AAGGAGCGGUACGCUUCUUGGAUCCUCCGGAUUCAAGCGCUCGAGUCACGAGCUGCAAUGGAGAAUUCUGACCCUGCGGAUGACGCUAACAUGGACGCAUUCCUGGAAAAGUUCCAGAGCCAACCUUACCGCGGCGGCUUCCACGAGGACCAGUGGGAGGAGGAAUUUGACAAGAUCCCCCUAUUUAUGAAGAAAGCACCAUCAGAAAUAGAUCCCAAGGAGUUCCCCGACUUGGCUUGUCUUCAGUCAAUUAUUUAUGAUGAUGAGCGAUCUCCGGAAGAUCAAGCCAAGACCUAUAAGGAUGAAGGCAAUGACUACUUUAAAGAAAAGGACUAUAAGAAAGCUGUGGUUUCCUACAGCGAAGGAUUAAAGAAGAAGUGUGGAGAUCCUGAUUUGAAUGCUGUCCUUUAUACCAACCGGGCGGCAGCACAGUACUAUAUGGGCAAUUUUCGCUCUGCUCUCAAUGAUGUGCUGGCCGCCAGGAAGCUAAAGCCCAGCCACCUGAAGGCCAUAAUAAGAGGUGCCAUGUGCCAUCUUGAACUGAACCACUUUGCUGAGGCUGUGAACUGGUGUGAUGAGGGGCUACAGAUUGAUGCCAAAGAGAAGAAACUUCUAGAAGUGAGGGCGAAAGCAGACAAGCUGAAGAGAAUGAAAGAGAGGGAUCUGAGGAAAGCAAGGCUGAAAGAAAAGAAGGAACAGAAUCAGAACGAGGCUCUACUCCAGGCCAUCAAGGCUAGGAAUAUCAGGCUUGUCUCAGAAGCCAUCAGUAAAGAUGAAGAUUCAGCCUCCGAUGGUCCAGCUGAGAUCUUCUUGGAUGGGCUCAGCUCUGAGAACCCUUGCGGAGCCAGGCUGAGCCUAGAUAAUCAAGGCAGGCUGAGCUGGCCUGUGCUGUUUCUGUAUCCAGAGUAUGCGCAGUCCGACUUCAUCUCUGCUUUUCAUGAGGACUCCAGGUUCAUUGACCAUCUCAUGGCCAUGUUUAGUGAAGCACCCUGCUGGGACUCAGAGCAGAAAUAUCACCCAGAUAAUUUGGAGGUCUACUUCGAGGAUGAGGAAAGGGCAGAGCUAUACCAGGUGUCCCCCGGGAGCACUCUGUUGCAGGUGUUGCAGCACCCCAGGUACUCUGUGAAAGCCCUCACCCCAGCAUUCCUCAUCUGUGUAGCAUCCUCGUCUUUCCGUAAGAGUUAUCUUCAGGGGAAAAGGGUGCACAGGUAAAGUGGAAGCCAGACUCUGGGGUCUCCUCCCUCAGCUUCCUCUGCCUGGAGUCCAGCACUUCUCUAUCCCCAGGGACAGUGGUUCCUUAGCCUCAUGCUGGGGAGAAGCUGCUGGCCUCCCUGAACCUCAGCCUGUCUGGCUGAGUGCCAGGCUCCAGCUGGGCCUCACCCUCCUCAGAUUGACAGCUCUGCCCUGGUCAGAGAGAGCAUCCCUGGAGUCCAUCUCUGAAGGAGCGUCUGCUGCAGUUGCCAGACUAGCUGGCCUUGGUGACUCCCUGGCCUGUAAACUGGCUCAUGGCACAUCGAUAGCCUUAACCUCUGUGGCAUCAGGCACACAUGGAAGGCAUUCCAAGGCAGUAACCAACCCUGCAUAGUAUUCUAAGGCGUAGGGCUGAGACUGGUCCAAUUUUUCACCAGAAUGGAGAACUAUAAGGAUGCUGCGGAUGCCAUGAGGUUAAUGGAGCCAUGAAGCCACAUCCUGUUUCUGCGUCAAUGAUUGUACAAACUGGGAUCCUUGGGAUGUCUCAGAAGUCUACCUGUUCCCCUGACCUCCCAGCGUGAGAACUGCAACAGACCAGACAGCAGUCUUAGCGCUUCCCAAUUCCUCAGCUCCAGCCAUGCUCCUGCUCAGCAGAAGAAUGCUGGGUUAGCGUGCGUACCACCGUGCCUGCUAGGAUUUCAUACCUCUUGAUCUGGAAAGUCUUUGUCUGCCACAGAUGGUUUUUGUCUUGGGCUGUUCAUCCUAGAGACCCUGUACUCUAACCUGAAGCCAAGUGGCUUUCCUCAGUGCCCGCCCCAUCUCCCAAGGGGAGCAAGGGCUAUGAGCAGAUGUGACUCAUGCCACAUCUGACAGAAGCCUGAAGAGCCAAUGGACAGUGGACGUCAAGUAGGCUUGUGUUCUUUUCCCUCUACUCUGAGCCCCAUUUCUCAAAUAGGAGCAUCACCUUCAGCCUGGGUGUCUGAGCAAAGCUCAGAGCAUCUGACCUAAAACCAUAGAUUGUAAAGUGAAAGGCAAAUGCUUUCUGUAGUAAAUACUGAGAUCUGGGGGUGUUUGUUACCAUAGCAAAGCUGACUAAUACAUCAUUAAACUGAAACCAGCUGGUAUCCUUCAGAUGGGCUGAUUCAGGGUCUUGUGUUAUAUGCAUCCUUAUUUCUGGAAGAGAAAUUGUCUGGAAUAUUUAGGGAGACCAUGCAGCUUUCUUUCCCAGGGCAGGUUUCUGCAAAUCUAGCCUCUCUUCUCCCCUGGUUUUAGAAACACUAGACAUUCUCUGCUCAGCUAGACUGUCCCUGACUUUCUUUGUAAAACUCAGAAGUCUAUGUGAGGGUCCUAAUGUUGGCAGCAGACCAGCAGGCAUUGCAGGAUUCCAGGAGCAGCCAUUUAUAGCCACCUCGCUGUCAUGGGCAAAUGACGUUCCACUGCGCCUUCCUGCUGCCUACUUAGAGAUACAACCUGGAUGAGGCUGAGGUGAGGCGAAGGGUGAAAUGCACCUGGAAGACGUUCUUCUGGAGCCUUCUAUCCUCAGACUGUGCCCUUCCCAUCAGCCAGCCUCUGCUGUGUCUCUAGUCUUUGACCCUCUGGAAUCCAACCCAACUUACAGAAGAGUUUACUGGGGCCUGUGGUUCCAGUGGGUUAGAAUCCAAGACCAUGGUGGGGAUCAUGGCGGCAGGCAGGCAGGCAGGCAGGCAGGCAGGCAGGUAUGGUGCUGGAGCAGUAGCUGAGAGCUCACAUCUUGAGACAACAAGACAGAGAAAGAGGUAACAAAAUGGCUGGACUUUUGAAACCUCAAAGCCCACCCCCAGCGACACAUCUUCAACAGGGCUACACCUCCUAAUCCUUCCCAAACAGAUUUUCCAACUAGGGACCAAGCAUUCAAAUACUGAGCCUGUGGUGGCCAUUCUCGUUCAAACCACCACAGCAGAACAGGCACCAGGAGCUGCAUUGUUACACCAGGGCCCGUCUGCUGCUUGAAGCCCCUUUCAGCUGUAAAAUGCUUAUCUUACUCUUGGCAUUGCUUGCAACCUGUGCAUUUGAGGCCUAAGCCCAGGAGUGACAGGCUCAGCGAUUCACAAUUGGGUGAUUCUGUAUGACAUCAUUCAGGUGACAUCAUAACAUGGUGGGUGCUGCUGGCAUUCAGAAGGCUGAGCCAGGUGUGUCUCUUGAUUUCCUAUGGUGUGUGCCACAAAAGGAAUGAUCUGUCGGUGAUGGAGGUGGAGAAAUGUUCGCUAAACCAGAAAGAAAAAGAUGGUUUUUGGGAACAGUCUUUCUCUGAAGUCUGAGGAGAGUGGUGGGGAUCUGUGAAGGAACUGCUUCCUAGCAAGACACGGGGCUAGAUCCUCAUCCGGUGCCCCUCUGGCUGGGGAAUACAGCAGGAGACUCAAACCUUA